GAAAAUGUCAGUUGCAAGCGUACCGGUCUGGGGUGAGCAUGUUUUUUUCCAUCUGAGUUCCCUUCUCCUUUGUUUAUUUGAGUGUUUUAAGUGUUAAACAUAAUUAUUUUCAUCGAUAUCAUGACAGAAAUUACAAAGUGAAACAAGUGAUAUGUCGAAAAAAACCAGAAAAUUUAGUGAUUGUGUAUCACAGUGAAAGUUUCAAAGUUUUCCCCAAUGAAGAAUGUUUUGUUUAUAAACGACACCUCUGGUUUGUUUUCCUCAACAAAAGUGCAUUAAUUAAGAGUUUUUUUUUCAUUCUCACCAUCGAUAACUGAAAAAAAUGAGUGAUAAUCCAAAAUUAGAGUUUGCACUUGGCAGCGAAGUUUCAAUGGGACAUUUCUUUAAAAGUUCCUUUGCAAGAUCAUUUAUAUCAAAUUGUCGUGAUUCAAAAUCACUUGAUUAUGAAUUUUUGGAUAAUGGAACAAUAACCGAGGAGCCAGAGAGUUUAAAUAAAGGGAAAAACAGUAAUUUUUAUUCACUUAUGAAUUUUGGCUCGGGUAAUGAGGAGGGCGUUGAGAGUGAACAAUGUCGAUCUAUUUGGAAAAUUGGAGAGACGUCAACGAAAACGAUGGAAACUGUUGAAUUGGAGAAGCUGCGAAAGAAAUGCCAGGUGCUCAAGGAAGAAAAUCAAAGGUUACAGGACGCUCUGACUGCAAAUCGAAUGCCUCGUGUUCAAGUCAUCGACAAUGUUUUCCUCCAAACUCAAGUCAAUACACUGCAAUGGCAACUCAAACAGACUGAAUCGAAUCGACAAAUGUACCGUUCAUUGAUGGAGCAAGUGGUCCGCUUCUUGGAUCGAACACGGAAGAGCCUUGACAUUCUUCAUGAGAAGAGUAGUGCCAAGGACAAAGGCCGUGUGCCAAGGAGUCGUAGUGUUCACACUGUUCACAUUGAAUCCUCAUCGAGCCCAGGAGCUUCGACGACGUCAUCAUCGUCCUCUGAAUCCUCCAGGUUCACGAGGGCAAAAUCAGUUAAUCAAAUAUCGCCGAGUCCAUCGUUACUCAAGGACUUUACAUGGUCAGUGUUGAGACGAAACGAUUCAAUUCAUUCGACAACGCCAAGAUUUAAAGUUGCGCCAAAACCAGUUGAUUUAAAUAAAACACACGAUGGAGUUGUUUAUCGACGACCAAAGCAACAUGAUCACGAUCCCGAUCUUGUGCCACCGGAAAAAUUAUCGCAGGAGGCAUUCAGAUUAAUGAGAACCGUGCAGUCGUUACUAUCAAUGCGAGAUCCGGAUUUAAUGAAAAUGUCAUCAAUGGAGGACAAUGCAUCAAUGACAUUGUCCGUGGAUCAUCAUCAUCAUCAUCAACAUCACGAAUCGUCAUUGUCAUUGCAACCGAAUAAUUUUGCCAAUUCAACGACACUACCACCCGAUACAUCGUCGACAUCGUUUAUUAGCGGUGGUAGCGACCGUGGCAAUGAAUCGUGUAAUGAAACUGAAAACAGUACUAGUAAUAGAACGACGCUUUGCAAAAAUUCAACGAGUACAAUUGAUGCCAAUGAUAAUUUGUCAUUAUUACCAAGAGCGAGACGUUCUCUCGACGCAACAUCAUUGAAUUCGGGUAGCAGUAAAACAACCGACGACGAAGUAUUGACAAAUGCCGAUAAUAAUUUCGUUGUCGAUUCCAUUGCGAAACGUGAUUUUUUCAAUGUUGAAUCGCGAGCGAUGAAGAAAAUUGAGAAGGAUGGUGUUAAAAUUAGACCGAAACCGUCGAAUAGUGUCAGUAGUGCUGAGGAUGAAAGUGGAUUUUCAUCCAUGAGCUCGUUUCAGGAAGUUGGAUUGCCCUCAGCGAUUCCAUUUUCUCCAGUAAAAGGCUGCCAUACUGAAGUCGGACUUCCGGAAGUGCCACUCGAUAAAGUGAGACAUCGACGUUGGUCCUCGACUCCAGCAGAAAUUCAAGCACUCUUCAAACGCCAUAGUGGUAGCUUCGCAAAUUCUCAGACCACAACAGAAUCAUUGAGUGUCUGGGUUUGAAAUUAUCAAAUAUAAGGAAACAGCAAAGAAAGAAAAAAAAGAGUGCAAUUCCUGGAACACUUAUUAAUAACUAUCGUCAAUUUUUUUUUUCAUUUUUCUUUUUUUCGUUUUUCAUCUGUAAAUAGUUAUUAGUCUCGCUACUUAAUGUGAUCUUCGCUUUAUAGUUUAAUACUUUCGCAGAGAGCUUUUUUUCCUCACAAGCAAUUGUGAAAUUUUUUUAUUUUUUGCUUUUCUGAACUAAUCAGAAAGCAAUGAUAAUAUUAAAUUCGUUUCUCAUUUACUAUUUCGAAAUUACUUUAUGAUAAAAAAAGAAUCACUGAAGACUGGUACUUGAAGUAAUAUUGAAAUCAGUUCUAAUUCUAAAUGGUUUAAAGCUCUUAUUUUAUUUAUUCAAAAAAAAAUUUAUCUUCUUUUUCUCUUUUUUUUGAUAUUUAUAAAUGUUUUCAAAUUAAAAAAAAUUAAAAUACAAAAAAAACAAGAAACUACAAAAAUUUGUUUCGAAAAUAUUCAUAAAAAUUAAUUAAAUUAAAAAAAGAGUAAAAAGUAAAAAGAAUAAUCAUGAUGCUGAGAAACAAAUGAUUCAUGAUAAUACAGAAAUAAUUUAUAAUAGCAAAGUUUUCACACGACUUUUCAUAUCUAGUGAUACAUAUAUUUAAAGUAAAUUCAUAUAAGUAUAUAUUAUACAUUUAUUUAUUAUAAGCAAACUUUUGUGUCAAAACUCUGAUGUUGUUUUUAGUGUAUGAAAAAUUAUUUUAUUUAAAACUCUUGUAAUUUAAAAUCGAAACAUUGUACGUUAGUUUUUAAGUCACUGAAAGUAAAAAUGUAUUAUUUACUUUUAAGAUAUAUAUAUAUAUUUAAUAUUUGCAUGAUAAUAUUCGGCGAAUGUUCCUUUUUUUUAUUUUCUAUUAAAAAUUUGCAUUUGAAUUUAAAAAUUCUAAAAUUUUAUUUAAAAAAAGUGUAUUUAUACUAAAAUUUAUAAAAUUUCCGAUUUAAUUUUUGUAUAAAACAGAACAAAAAAAAUGUGACUGUAUUAUCACUACGAAAUUCAUUUGUUUGCAUUUAUCGUUACUUUUAACAGGGUAGAAGAAAAAAAUCUAUUUGUAACGUCUUUGUAAAAUAAAACGUGUAUUUCAAGAGAUUUUAAA